AUGUCCCUUCAGAGCCGCGUGGAACAAGCCACGCUGCUGGCGUGGAAGGAGCGAGCAGAAUGUGAGCUAGAAGGAGUGCCGCAGGCACGCAAAUGCGCCUCCCCCCGCAGGCGCGUGGUGUCGCCUCUGGAGAGGCUGUCGCCAACGCCUCUGGACUCCCCGAGCGGGCAAUGGCAAACUGCGCGGCAGAAUGGCCGCUGCCAGCAGUUCCACGGGCCCGCGCGCUUUGGAAUCGCAGAGCUUCAAGGCCCGAAGCUCGACGCCUUUGACAAUGCCGGGAGAUCCAGUUGGGCCAGGGAACAGAUGACUGGCUGGCUAUCUUUUCAAGAGCCCGAACUCCGACGCAGGCUGCAAAGCCGGAAAUUCGCACUGUGA